AUGCUAUCAAGACUAGCACUUCGUGCAAGAACAACCACUACGACACAAACUCCAACGGGUCUGAUCUCCCCCAUGAUUCAACGCAGACUUUACCAUCCCAAGGUUAUUGAUCACUACACACAUCCAAGGAACGUUGGUUCGCUGGAUAAGAAGGCUCUCAACGUGGGCACGGGACUUGUAGGUGCACCUGCAUGCGGGGACGUUAUGAGAUUGCAAAUACAAGUUAAUGACGAUACGGGUAUCAUUGAAAACGUGAAAUUUAAGACCUUUGGCUGUGGCUCCGCUAUUGCUUCAUCAUCGUACAUGACCGAGAUGGUGAAGGGUAUGUCUGUCAAUGACGCCUUUUUGAUCAAGAAUACACAGAUUGCAAAGGAGUUAUCGUUGCCUCCAGUGAAGUUGCAUUGCUCGAUGUUAGCAGAGGACGCCAUUAAAGCAGCCAUUAACGAUUACAAGUCCAAGAGGACAACAAAGACCGUACUAACUUAG